GUACUGCAAUUUUUUUCCAAAAUAGCAGUGCAUUUCCGCAUUGCCUGGACAACUGCACGAAUGCUAUCCAUUUUACCUGCAGAUAUGUUAUGUAAGUCAUUUGCAUCCCCACCAGCAGCAGGCCUUCUUCACCUGGUCGCGUACACACGACGAGUUUAGCUGAUGUAGCCUCCUCUACUUCACUCAUCGGCGGUUAUAUCGCGCAGCAGUUAGCGUUGUCGCAGUUUGCGUUGUUAGGUAUUUUACUUUUCAGUGUGCGUUCGAUUUUAAUGUGUUUCUGCUUACGGUUCAGAUCGCAGGCUGGCUGUCAGUCGUUCGGUCUUUUCUUCGCGGAAUUCUCGUUAGUUGUUAUUGUAGAUGAGAUGCGGGCUUGUUUGUGAGUGUGUGUGUAUAUUAUGAAUCAUGCCACUGACUAUCUUUCGGUUCCGACUUUUUUGAUGACUAAUAGUCGUAAGAUGACAUUGGACGACGCGUUAUUAGUACAGUAGAGUAACAGUGAGUUAUGAGAAUGAUUAGGUCGACUCCCGUAACAAAAAUGUCAAAACCGCCACCCCCGAUACCCCCUAGGCCGAGCAAGAACGUGGUCGCGGAAGCCCUGGCGAAAUCAAAAACUAAUCGAGAACCCGGGAAACCCACGGUCCCUUUAAGAAUCGCGCCACCACCUCCCAAAAAGGAUAACGAAAGUUUAAAUUUUAUUUCCAAGUCGCGGUCGAGUGUACAAGUGUGCUGUCCCACAGCUCCUAAAAUUGAAAGGUCCUUCUCGCACACAGACAAUUCUCGGCCGGUCAUUUUUCAGUCUUCUAACUUGAAAAGUGCCAAAACUGAUUCGAAUUCCUCCUCCAAAUCGUCGGAAAAAUCCGUCGUGAAUGGUGUCAGUAAUAAUUAUGUUAAUUUGGAUAUAAAACCAGUGACCAACAGUAACGAGUUGAAAAAGGAAUUGCCCGCGGAAGUGAGUCACAAGAACCAGAAAAACACUGACCAGAAAGAAAAAAUACUAAAAGUAGAAGAAGAAUCGAACGACGUUGCUUCGAACCAUUCAGAUGAGAACUGGAAUGACAUCCUCAAUGGAAAGAAUCACGUAAAUACUCUUAUAGACGAAAUGUUUGCGAGUAUAUUGGAAAGCCACGAUGACCAGUGUAGUACAACAGAAGCUAUUAAUAUGAACGUUAACAUGUGUUCAGACAGUAAAAUAUUAAUCGCUGAAGAUAGUACAACUAAUAUUACAGUUGAUAUUGCCAAAGAUUCGGACAAAAUCGAUUCGGUCACAGAACCAGAAAAUAAACCUGCAAGUGAAACGGCAAUAGGACACGUCUCAAAAACUGUAUUGGUCAUAGACACAAAUUCACAACAGGAUUUUAAGCAUAAACAGAGAUCUGAUUCGUUUGAAAUAAAUAAUCACGAAGAUAGCAUAUCCUUGGAAAACUGCAGUGCAGAGAGCGUGAAGACAACAAGCACUAGCAAUUCUUCCACUGCCGAAAGGAGGGUCAAAUUUGAUGACAAAAUGAACCACGAACUCCUUAUAUCAGAACUGGAAAAUAUGAGAAAGGAGCAAGCAAGGAUAUUGAGACGCCAACGUAAGCCAUCCCAGGAAAUUUUCGAAGAUAAGACCAGCGAAAGUUCACACGAGGGCGGCAAAAUUCAUCAUUCCGAUUGGGUGGAGGUGAACAACGGGCAAAAGGUUCACCUCUCCAGUUGCCAAAUUACGAUCGAAGACAGUGACAGUAAUAACGAUAACGUAAAGAAUAGUGAUGACGUACAAAUUGAUGCUAAUUCGGGAAAAAACGGAAUCACUGUGCCGGUCAAUGUUGACGACGUGCUUCUUUCCAGGUUGAAAGAAAUGUCCUCGUUGCACGGCCUACCACCUCUGCCCAAGAGUCUCAGCGGUUUCGCGUUCUUCGAACAAAAGAACUCGUCGACUUCGUCGACGUCAAUCAACAGACCUUCCAGGGGCGCUUCGCCGGCCUCUUCAGGACAUUCCCUGUAUAGUGAUCAGCACCGCGGAUUGAAUGGGACGCCUGAAGGACCCACUCCAACGAGGAAAGGGACCAACCUCGAUGCACAGCUCGCUAUUCUUCGAAGGGAAAUGUACAGUCUGCGGCAGCUGGAUUUAUCGUUACUUUCCCAACUAUGGUCCUUAAACGAAUCAAUUCAAGAUUUUCGCCAAAUAUUGCAAGAGCAAGAUGACAGAGCUUUAUCUCCUCCUUCAGCAUCACCAACACCCUCGUCGUGCGAUGAAGCUGAUGCCGAAGAGUUCUACUCCCCUACACCCCUACGAUUGCGCCCUGCUCCACCACCCCCGCCUUUAAGGACAACGAGCAAUAGUUCUUCGGCAAAUUCUAGCGAAUAUGGAACAGUUUGAUGAAGAAUAUUGUCACUGUGAUUCAUAACACCCAAUGGCCAUCAUUCCGUAUCAGUGAGGACUGAAUAAUUUGACGUAUCCUAAAUGUGUUUAUAUAGUAAAUUAAUGUCUUGUGAUAGUUAAGUACUUGUAAAGAGAUUUAAUACAUUACAAAGUGUAAAAACUGUUUAUGAAUUAAUUAAUACCAAAACAAUUUUAAUAAAUAUUUUAUUAAC